UCUAAUCCCUAACCGCCAUCCCUGAUCACGGGCUCGAAACGGCCCGCGAAACAGCAACAUCCCACACAAUAUCUUGCCAUCUCGAGGUUUUACGCACACUGAGAUAACCCUGCACGACGUCUGUGUCUGAUGCUAGUCUUGGGUGGAGCAGACAUCUCUCGAUGGCGUUGAGUGGGGCGGAAUCCGCGGUGCUGCUCGCGUCUCCAGACUCGUUUCUCCCGGAAGUGGGUGGUUAAGUCGCCACUCGGUCACUGCUGGCUAACGAGCGAUCGCUGGGAUGAAGGAGAGUCGGGAACAUUCUUGGGGCUGACAAAUAUCCGACGACGCGGUUGUGAAAUUUCAUUUUUUUUAACCAAUUAGUUGCGGUAUAUCCGCAGAAAUCCGCCACAAACGCUCACAAAAAAAGGCUCAGACGCCCCGCCGCCAAGAUGAUGGAAGAAAUUGACAGAUUUCAAGUGCCGACCGAGGCAGAGAUGCAACCUUUUGAUCCAGCAUCAUCGACCACAUCAGAAGCGGACUCAGAUACCAGGGAGAGUGAACCUGCCACUCUCAACUAUAAACCUUCUCCUCUCCAUAUGAAGAUAGACAAACAGAGAGAGCUGGUCAGGAAAGGAUCGCUGAAAAAUGGCAACGCUGGAAGCCCUGUCAAUCAGCAACCCAAGAAAAACAAUGUGAUGGCCAGAACAAGGCUAGUGGUUCCCAAUAAAGGUUACUCCUCUUUAGACCAGAGUCCAGAUGAGAAACCUUUAGUUGCUCUAGACACAGACAGCGAUGACGACUUUGACAUGUCUAGAUAUUCCUCGUCAGGAUACUCGUCAGCCGAGGUGAGGUCUCUAAGGGAACAGCAGAUAAACCAGGAUCUGAACAUCCAGCUACUCAAAGAUGGAUACAGGCUGGAUGAGAUCCCUGAUGAUGAAGACCUGGACCUCAUACCACCCAAAUCCGUUAACUCAACCUGCAUGUGCUGCCAAGCCACCUCCUCCACUGCUUGUCAAAUCCAGUAAAUCUGUCGCCUUCUUCCCCUCCCUCUGCUCCUUCCCUCUCUUCUCCUUUCCUCGUUCCUUUUCAUAACCUCAGAUAAGACAUCUAAUCAAUAUUACAGAGGGAAAUGUACAGUAAACGUUAUGAUGAACAUGGUGUACAGGAAAAUGUAAACACACACACACGAAACACAUUCCAUGUGCUAAUACACACACAUAGACACAUUUACUCUAACAUAUGAUUAUUAACAUGACUAUUAUUGGUUGCUUCCUCCUAUGGCAGGAUAUGCACUGUUUGCUAAUACGCUAGGGGAGUCUGCUCACUUUCACCUCCUAGCUGGCAUUGUGUUAUACUGUACAAGUGAACGUAGAACAAAUAAAGCAUUCAGACGGCUUUAAUUGUGGAUUCAAAGCAACUUGAUGUUACAGAGAGUUUGAAAUAGCUUAUCCACUGAAUUCUCUGCUUUCAUGUCGCACUCAUUGCAUUAACGUCGUCGUUAUGGUAACAUUUGAUUUCCGUACGGAUCUGGUUGGAUGUUCGUUGUUCGUGGCUGCUAUUGAGGCUAUACUUGGAUUCGUUUCUGUUGAACAUUUUGCAUGUUGGUGCAUUCGUACUGCAGCGCUAACGGUAGCCUUGUCUGGCAUGCACCUGGGCAUCACACUUUCUGUUUACUCUUGAUAUCUCACACACACACACACACACACGUGUAUUUAAUUGAAUCACGUUUGAAGCUACGCUGGACUUGAGAGGCGAAUCAGUCAUGAACGGAAAGGAAAAACAGCAACCCUUUUUUAUUUGAUUGGUCAUGGUCUAGAUGUUUGUUAUUUUCACAGGAACCUCGCACAACAGACCGCAGAUGAUAGAAUGAUUACAUGAAGACCUUUCUGUCUCUCAAAGCAGUUUUUUCAAAGGUCAGAAAUCACCGGGUAUGAUUUAAUAACUGUUAUGACAUUUUGAAAAUGCCGUUCUGUUUCUUGGACAGAAUGUCCAAAACGCGUUAGAUGUUUAAACUGCCUGUGAGCUUUCUUAAAAUAAGUGUUGUUUUAUUCCGGAAGACUUGAAGGCACCAAAGAAUGUUCAUUUAGCAUUUUAUAUGCAUACCACCAAUCAGGAUAUAUUGCCAAAUUUCAUAAAAAAAUCAGUCAUGGGUUGUUUAAAAAGCGCUGUUUUCUGCCGGUCUUUGAAACUAAACCUAGAAUGUUAAUGUUGCUAAACAGAUCAAAUCCCUGGCCCAUCUUGAUAUUCAUUAUUGUUAUUAUUAAAAACAAUUCAAGCUGUCAACGAUGAACCUGCACUGUUCAUCUACACGUGAAAUCCUCGAAAACAGGUUUUUCCCUUCCAUUCAGCUUCGAAAGCCAUCUUUGCACUCUACUUAUUGUCUAGAUCGAGAAACUGUUUUCAUUCGAACCGAUCAUGUUCACUUUUUAGUCCGUUUUAACUAUGACUAAAAUAGUGUAAUGACCUGAUGUAUUCAAUUCAAAGCGUAAUCAAAGGUGAGCAUUUGUCGGACAAAAGCUGUGUUUUUAUGUUAUAAAUAUGUUGAUUAUGUGAGAAAGUCCAUUUAUGUAUUAACAAUGUUAUUGGUUUCAGUGAUAUCAAUAAAAGCAGACAUGAAUUACA